AUUUUACACUCGAAACUCACGAAGCCCUGUGACAGGAACCACGUAUGGCGUUAUUUUAGUAAACCCUGCGCACUGAUCGUCUCCCCAGACCGACGAGGCGAGGUCACAAGUUCCCAAGGAGCACAGCCCCUGAGCACAUCACACACUUCCCCACAGGGAGGGCGGUUCCUAUACACACACACACGUAGAGGGAGACACACGGGAUCAGGGGGUAGAAGCCUCAAACCGCACAUACUGAGUCAAAGUUGUUGAAAUCUGCUGUGCUCCUGAGCUCCGACAAGUGGAAUGACCAAUCACUCAUCACACUCCAAUGGCAUGCAGAGCCUCCGGACGGAGCACCUGUACAAGGUUCUGGUUAUCGGAGACCUGGGGGUCGGGAAGACUUCCAUCAUCAGGCGCUACGUCCACCAGACCUACUCCACCAACUACCGGGCCACCAUCGGCGUGGACUUCGCCCUAAAGGUGUUGAACUGGGACUCUGAGACUGUCCGGCUCCAACUGUGGGACAUUGCAGGUCAGGAACGUUUUGGAAACAUGACCCGAGUGUAUUACCGUGAAGCAAUGGGAGCCUUCAUAGUGUUCGAUGUGACAAGGCCCACGACCUUUGAGGCCGUGAUCAAGUGGAAAGAGGACCUGGACUCCAAACUAAUGCUGACUAAUGGACAGAGCAUUGCCACUGUGCUGCUGGCUAACAAAUGCGACCAAGGCAAGGACCUGACCAACAACGGCAUCAAAAUGAACCAGUUCUGCAAGGACCAUGGCUUUCUCGGGUGGUUUGAAACCUCGGCUAAGGACAAUCUCAACAUCGGUGAAGCUGCAAACUUCCUGGUCAAGCACAUCAUGGCCACAGAGAAUGACAUCCUGAAAAGCGUGGUACCAGACACCAUCUCACCUCAACUGGACUCCAACAGGCAGAUGAGCUGCUCUGGCUGUUUCAAAUAAUAAAAGGUGGCACCGAGGCAGAACAGACAGUUGGACAAAGAGGGACAGGCACUCCACACAGUCUUCAAAGGAAAUCUAAGUACCUACAGUACAGUUCGGCUUCUUUGGUCUGAAACAGAGUUGAGUUGAAGAUUUUAGUUUGAUGCAUGUUUGUGGUUUGUUUGUGUUCUUAGUGCCCAAUUACAAAGAACCAGAGCUUGCAAACUAAAACCACAUGGACUCAGAAGUUGCACAUUUGUUAACAGAGUUAGUGUCAGUAGUGUCAUACUGCGAGUUUAAAGUUCUUGGCAGACAAACAAGUAUAACUUCAGCCCUUGUCUACGCUCUUUGGCAUGAUUAUUCAAA